AUGAAGCAGACCGCAGUCAUCUUUAUAGAGAAAGCCACGCCUUCCACUAUCACUCAAUUCCAUGAUGUGCUUUCAACCCAUGUUAUAUCUGUACAAGAAAAAUGGUCGUUUGAGUUGAAGACUUUUAGGUCCAGUGUAAAGAAUAUUCCCUCAGAUGAUACUAGAGUUAUGUACUCUUUGACACUAACGCAUCGUGAUAAUCAAACUGUAACUAUAAAGAAACAUUCAGCUAUUGUCACGGGACAUCAUGUAACCGAACAGCUGACUUCAAAUGGGUGUUCUACUGGGUUUCCAGAAUCUUUUGAUAACAUCAUAACAUCUAAACUAUCUAAUAUUUGGACGCAAAGACAGUCUAUCAAAGGGGACUUCGGGAGUUCGUAUAAAACUUCGGAUUUGGUAGUUAGAGCGGCAAAUGUGUUUUCUUCUAGUGGGUUUAAAGGAUUACUCCUGGAAUUGGAGGGGGAUGAAAGCUCAGAAAUGGAUUUUGAUACUAAGGUGGAGACCAUACAGUCUCUUUUAGAUGAAAUAUCGAGUCGGGAGUUUAAAUUGAGCAAGGAUAGAAUGAAAGAUACCGAACCAAACUUUUUGUGCGAUUUAGCCUAUCAGUAUGUGAAAGUUUUAGAUUAG